AUGCACCUAAGUAAUUUUCAAUCGUUAAAGAACACCCUGGCUAUAUUGGACAAACUUGAUAUCGAUAGUGAGAAGCCAUCAGAAGAAGAGGUUGCAAGAAUCUUCGGUUACGACGAGGACGCAUACAGAGCUGGGGAGCUUGGAGUAUGGCAGAGAGUCAAACCCAAGGUCUGGGCGCUGUUCGAUGAACCCAGUAGCAAGGUGAUAAAGGUGAUAUCCAUCUUCUUCAUCUGCGUCUCAGUGUUCUCCUUCUGCUUGAAGACGCAUCCUGGUCUCCGAGUAUACCCUUCUGGCAUCUAUGUGCCAGCUAAUACCACUGAUCCGGAUAUAUUAAACGACAUCAGACCUGAUAAUGGGAGACCUCAUGCCGCCUUCUUUUACAUAGAGCUGGUCUGCAACGUGUGGUUCACCAUCGAGUUGCUCGUCAGAUCUGUGGUAAGUGUAAAUAAAUUAAGUGAAAAAGAAGAUUUCGUAUUCUUUUAUGUUAUAAGUCUCUUUGAUUUUGGGGUCUUCCCUCAAAAAUUUGAGGGAGGGACUUGA